AUGUCGGACAACAGAAAAGCAGUGGACGUUACCGUUCUGUCAGAGGAUCCUAAGAAGAAAGAAAAUGAGAAGAAAGCACGUGAGGCUGAGUCGCUGAAGAUGAGUGAAGAGGAUGAACGCAUAAAAGGCCAAGUUGAACUUCUUGUUACGCGCGUGGGCGACAGCAACACUGAGUUGGCAGCGGUUGCGGUUGAUCAACUGAUUGAUUUGCUGCGGACGCACACAAGCGGCAGCGUGGCAUCGGUUCCAAAACCACUCAAGUAUGUCCGCUCCAUGUACGGGCAAUUGGAGAGGGUUCAGAAAGAGACUACUAACCCUAAGCUCGCUGUUCGCCUCCACGACGUACUUUCUUUCGUGGCUAUGACCAUUGAGUUCCCUGAUGGCCAGCGUCCGGCUCUAGAGCACAAAUUGCUAGGUACUCAAGAUGAUCUCGCCCAUUGGGGUCACGAGUAUCUCCGCUUCCUCGCCGGGUGCAUUAGUACAGAGUGGAAGGAACGUGUUAGCAAAGGAGAAAGUGUCGUCCACUUGGAUGGCUUUAUUCAACAAAUUGUGAGCUAUAUGGUGAAACACCAGGAUGAACCUACAGCCGUCGACCUCCUUAUGGAAGUGGAGAACAUCAAAGCAAUCAUUCCAUUUAUUGAUGGUCACAACCACAGGCGUAUUGCAUCUUACUUGGCUGCUGCGAGUAAGUAUUUAACUCGUCCAAUGGACACUGAGGCUCUCCGUGUGGUGUAUGAUAUUUAUGUAAAAAUGGAAUCGUACACGGAGGCUCUCUUUGUAGCCUUGCAGUUAGGUGAUCGUGCUGCCGUGGAGAACCUCUUCAAAAUGUGCGAGAAGUCUUCUGUAAGCUUGCAAAUGGCGCUGAGUUGUGCGCGCUAUAGGUUUUUCCUUCCAAACGACAAUGAGGAACAAGGAAUUCUCUCUAGUGCUAACGGUAAUAUGAAACUUUCAGAGCUGUAUCGUCACGUCGCAACGGAGCUUGAUGCUAUGACUCCGCUGACACCCGAGGAUAUAUUUAAGACAGGUCUUGACGGGAAGCAGUCCAGCAGUGCCUCUGACAGCUCCUUCAAACUUGCAUGUUCCUUCGCUAGUGGUCUCGUAAACUGUGGAUAUGGUAAGGAUAUGUAUUUGACAGGUGAGGAAGCCACGUGGCCCAGUGAGCAAACUGAUAACCGCCUCUUCGCAACAACAUCCAUGUUGGGGCUUAUUCAUCUAUGGGAUCACGCGGACGGUCUACUGGAAAUUGAAAAAUACCUCCACUCAGAUACUGUCAAUAUCAGAGCCGGUGCUUGCCUGGCCACUGGUAUUUCCCUAUGCGGGGUGAGCCAUCCCUACGACCCUGCUCUUGGACUCCUCAACGAUUUUGUGUGUGCCCCGCAUAAAGAGGUCAGGAUUGGUGCUAUUCUUGGCUUAGGUUACGCUUAUGCAGGGUCGAUGCGGGAGGAAAUAAGGGAAUUGUUGGUACCAAUCCUUAUCGAUGGCGAACAAACAAUGGAGGUUCAGUGUUUGACAGCGCUUGCACUUUCAAUGGUUUUCGUCGGCUCCACAGACGAGGGGAUGGUCGAGACGAUAACGCAUAUUCUUUUGGAGAUGCCAGAAAAGGACCUAAAGGAAUCCGCCACCUGCUACAUUAUCCUUGCACUGGGCUGCCUGUUUCUUGGACGGCAAGAAGCUGCUGAUACUCUUCUGGACACUUUGCAAACAUCUUCACCUAUUAUAAGACGUUAUGCAGAGAUCGUAGUGCGUAGCUGCGCCUACGCGGCAACAGGGAACGUGGUUGUCAUCCAGAACUUCUUUCACGCAAUCGCCGAGAACGAUGAGCCUGAAGAUACUGAGGUUCCUGCGGCCGAGGGCGACGGAAAUGGUCAACAGCAGAAAAAAAACCGACAGCAGCAGUCCACAGAGAAUGCAGCGCAUUUAAACUAUAAGGCCGCUGCAGUACUUGGUAUUGCAUUGGUUGCCCUUGGAGAGGAUAUUGGAACAGAGAUGGCCAAGCGUUCAAUCAUUCAUACACUUCUCGUCGACACGGUGAGCAAAGGUGAGGCAAAUAUAUCGGGCAGGCAUGCCAUACCCCUGGCGUACGCAUUGCUUUCAGCAUCCAACCCCGGUAUGCAGGUCGUAGAGACACUCAACCGCCUCUCACACGACAGCGACAUGCUCACUGCAAUAAAUGCUAUUGUGGCCAUGGGUGUAGUGGCUGCAGGAAGUAACAACGCCAGGGUUGUGAGCAAACUACGGAACCUCGCUUUAUAUUACCAGAAAGAUCGCUUCGCUUCUUAUCUUUUCUCGGUGAGACUUGCGCAGGGGUUUACAAUGAUGGGUAGGGGCCAUUUAACCCUUUCCCCAUUGUUGAAUGACCGUUCACUGGUUUCCCCCACGGCACUCAUGGGGUUGCUUGUAUUUUUACACAGCGCUCUGAACUUCGAGGAAAUCAUCCUCGGUAAGUACAGCUAUAUGGUCUCCAGUAUUGCUCCCAGCAUUAACCCGCGCAUGGUGCUUGCAGUUGAUGAUCAGAUGGAAGUUGUUAAAGAUGGCGUGCAGGUGCGCGUGGGAUUGCCUGUUGAUACCGUCGCUGUUGCUGGGAAACCGAAAUCCAUCACAGGUUUCCAGACUCAAACCACACCAACGCUUAUUAGCGUCACAGACAAGGUAGAGGUUGCCUCUCAGAAGUACAGGCCGGUUGCCAGCGUUGUGGAGGGUACAUUUGUUGUGGAAGAGAAACCAAAUAUGGAGUAG